UAUAUGAUCCAAUCAAUAUUCACCUCGAUACCCGCACAUGCUCGAAGAUUGUGGCAGUUCAGAUGAUAGUGUUACGGAGAUAUUUAUACCACCAGAGUUUAUUUUUUCCACCAUAGCCAAUCGAGCUGAUAAGCCAGCCAAUAAGUACGUUGAAAAGUUUGUUGAGUGUUCCAAUCAUUCAGUUAUUAACGUGAUUUCAACUCGAUACCUUGUGCUCUAGAUAUUGUUAAAAAUAAAUGAAAACGCGCAGUGCAAAACAAAAAGUGAUAAGAUUUAAACAAUAAGAAAUAUCUCAAUAUACUCAAUGCGACACUGAUUGAAAACAAAGAAAAUUCGUUGAAAAUGAUUUACCUCUUUGGUAUUUUGUUGCUCCUACUUCCGCAACUGAAUGCCAAAAAUGUGCUAGUCGAGGAGUUGACAAAGGGCUGGUCCUUGAGGGAGAGCGGCUCUACGAAGAAAUUUAACGUGGCAAAAAUUCCAUCCGGGGUUUAUACAGCUCUUAAAAGUGAAUAUGGUGAUCUGCUGGAUCCUGGCAAUGAUAUUAAACUGCGUUGGAUAGCAAACAAAAACUGGACUUAUAGCACAAAAUUCGCAAGGGCCGAUGAAUUGGGUCACGAGAGUAAAGUGAAUCUAACAUUCCACGGAAUUGAUACAGUGGCCAAGAUCUGGUUAAAUGGCGAAUUCCUUGGCGAGACAAAUAAUAUGUUUGUGCGGUAUUCCUAUGCCGUUGGUAAUAUUCUCCGCCGAAGUCCUGACCUGAACCAGCUAGAGAUCGAGCUACUCUCCCCGCUGGCCGUGGCGAAUGCACGUGCCAAAGAGCUGGAGGACAAGGGCAUUAGCGCUCCGCCCAGCUGCCCGCAAUCUCAAGGCGAUGUUGAAUGUCAUCGUAACAUGUUGCGUAAAAUGCAAAUGAGCUUUGGAGGUGAGUGGAAUCCGGCAGCAUUGUCGUCCGGCAUAUGGAAACCGGUGACCCUUGAGUACUACACGGUCGCCAUACUUCGUGAUGUGGACGUGGCAAUCAAUCGCAACAGUACUCACUGGAUAAUGGACUGUCGAGCAGUUCUAAGCACAGCCGACUCUGAGUAUUUCCAUGCUCAGCUAGUGGUCUAUUCCAGCGAGCUGCUGGAUGAGCCGUUUGUCGUUGAGAAAAGUCUGAACUAUGCGUCGCCUCAUCUGGAAUUUCAGGUUGAUAUACCGAAAGAGCGCGUCAAGCUCUGGUGGCCCAAUGGCUACGGAUCACAGCAGUUGUAUCCAGUACUAUUUAGGUUGAAGACUUAUCGGAAUAAAGAUGAGCCAAGUUUGAGUUCACGCACGGACUCGCAGAAAUUGCUGCGUAUUGGAUUUCGGACAAUCAAAUUGGUGGAGGAUAAGGAUGACCGUGGUCGCACUUUUUAUUUUCGUGUUAACGAUCAUCCAAUCUUCAUGAAGGGCGCCAACUAUGUGCCGGCUCAGACCUUACCCGAACUCUCGGCCGAAACAGAAACAGUGCAGCAUCUGCUGAAAUCGGCCCAGCUAGCCAACAUGAAUAUGAUACGCGUCUGGGGUGGUGGCCUUUAUGAGUCGGAUACCUUUUAUAGUCUGGCUGACUCGUAUGGCUUAUUGGUAUGGCAGGAUAUGACGUUUGCAAGAGCAACCUAUCCCAUCGACGAUGAGCUAAUGGCCUCCAUGGGCCUUGAGGCUGUACAAAAUGCACAGCGACUCGCCUAUCAUGCCAGUCUGGCAUUGAUUGUGACUAAUAAUGAGAUCGAACUAUAUCUGGUUAAAAAUCGCACUGAUUUCGGUGAAGAUGCGAUGCGUCUUGAGAAUGAAUAUAAGCUACUAUUUGUGGGCAAUCUAUGUGCCGAGCUAAAUAUAAUCUCGCGAAAUGAUUUCAAUCCUCGUCCCGGUCCCAUGAUCUCCACACCCUCGCUGGGAAUUCUCGAGUCCGGCAAGGAACUAGCCAAGGAUCCCCAGAGUCCAGACUAUGGAGAUGUACAUUUCUAUGAGGACGAACAAGAUUCCACUUCGCAGGUUAUUUACCCGCCGGCUCGUUUCAUCUCUGAAUUCGGCUAUGCCAGUCUGCCCAUGCGUUCGUCCUGGCAACGUGUGCUCGGCGAGAAUCAGACUGAGGAGAACUUAGCGGCACUAAUACGCCAACGGCAGCAUAAUUCAAGGGGCUUUAUUCCGAUAUUAAUGGAAAUUGCUUACCAGCUGCCAUUCAAAAUACACGCCUGGGAUGAUAAUAUCGAUGAAUUUAUCUACUUCAGCCAGGUGGUCCAGGCAAUGAACACCAAAGCAGCCUUUGAACUGUUUCGCAGCAGGCGAGGCGAUUACCAGACAAUGGGCGCACUUGUCUGGCAGCUAAAUGAUGUUUGGAUAGCGCCCACAUGGUCCUUCAUCGAUUUCUAUGGCAACUACAAGUUGGCUUUCUACUGGGCAAAGGAAUUCUUAGCACCAACCAGUAUAAUUACAUUCUACAAUGAAUCUGGCGAUCACCUGAAGAUAACUGUCACUCGCGAGAAUUACAUAGAAACUCCCGAUGUGCAGCUAUAUAAUAUUCACAUCAAUACAUAUCUGUGGAAUGAUAUUUUCUCCAAAAAGGUCAUCGCGCGAGCAAUCGGCUUGCGCUCAAGUUCGUUGGAUGAGUUGACCAUACCUCUGGAGUCAGUUCUAUACGAAGACCAUACUAAGGAGGAAAUCUUCUUGGAAAUCCUUCUAAAGGAUAACGAUGAGAUUGUGGCACAAAACUACUUCUAUCCGGUGCCCAUCAAGCACAUUGUCGGCAUUAAAGAUCCGGAACUUAGGCUCGAAGUUGUGGGUAUCGACUGCAAUAGUGUAAAAACACCCUACAGUAAUAGUUUCAGUUUGCGUAUAACUGUUAAAUAUCCAGCCCUGUUCGUUUACUUGGAGCUGAUCCAUCCGGAAUAUGCAAGUUUGAGGCACACAUUCUCCAUGAAUGGCUUCAUUCAGACGGUUCCCCGUCAAAAUAUAUACUUGGAUUUCGAAAUCAAUUCGAAAUGCUUGACUCUCAAAAGUUCGGAUAUCGCAGUAAAGACCAUGAACCAAUAUUUGCAAUGAGUAUUAUAAUGAAUGCAAUAUAACAUAUAUUCUUGUAUAAAUACGACUAAGUUAAAAAAAAUAUAUAACUAGACCGAUUUUAAGAAACUUAAUGAUGUCUAUAUUUAAAAACACAAACCAAAUAGUUGCCACACUUUUGUGCCCACGCCUUUGACUAUACAUAGCGUCGAUUAUAAUUAUGAAACGGCUAUGUUUUUCAGUUUCUUAUGAUAAAGAAGAGUUAAUUAAGAUAGCUAAACAAACAGAAGGUAAUAAUAAUGAUAUUGGUUAAAAAAGGAGUUUGA